AUGGAGGGCACCGCAAAUUUGGUGGUGUAUCGCGACGGUGAGAUAAUACAUAAUACUCAUGAGGGAGUGAGGUUUGUGUGCCAGAAUCCGUUUUUGUUUGUGGUUCCAUGCAUGAUGACGUUAAUGGAGCUGCAGAACGGCCUCUGUCAAAGCAUGGAGAACGGUACGUUAAUGAGAGUGAGCAAAAUUCUGUACCGAAAUUCGGUUAUAGUUUUUGGUGGUCUAAUACAGUUUGAUACCAUGCCGAUAACUGAUGAAGCGAGUAUGCAGAAUAUGUUUCAAAUUCACCGGCAGACUCAGAUGCGACACCCACAAAUUGAGUUGUACGUUGAGUUUGAAACUGUAGUUGUAGUACCGGUUCAAAAUGAUAUAGAUAUAGAUGAUGAUAGAGUUGCAGUGUACGAAGGAAUGAAUAGUGACAUCGAAGAGGACUUCAAAGCCACUUAUGAAGUUGGCGACGAAGAUGAGGAUGGUGAUGUGGGAGUUAAAGCAGCAGCAGAGAAUGUAGUGGUUCAUCCCUCGAGCAGUCAACUGAUAUACGUUCCACUUUUUAUGCGUGAGUUGGAUCUCGACACCAUGCAUGCCCCCGAGUUUCCGGAAUAUGCAAACAUAGGAGUUGCUGAUCCUGAGGACGGAGAUUUCCGGAUUGGAAUGGAAUAUAGUUCUAGAAAAUCGGUCGUCACAAUAAUUAGAAGUUUUACUAUAUCUAUAGGAGUUGACUAUGAUGUGUAUGAGUUUGAGGCACAGACGUUCUAUGCAAAAUGCAAGAUAUACAACGGUAGGCACACGUGCACGAUCGGAAUGAUUUCACAAGAUCAUUCCAAGUUGGACUCAGAUACAGUUGCUGAGGCUAUAAGGCCAUUGGUUGAGACGAACCCGUCUAUCAAGAUGAAAUCUAUAAUUGCGGAAGUCCAGUCGAGAUUCAACUAUAUCAUCAGUUACCGAAAGGCUUGGUUGGCAAAGCAGAAGUCCAUAGCCAAAGUUUUUGGUGGUUGGGAGGAUUCUUACCAAACCUUGCCAUGGUGA